AUCUCAUCGUUGUGCUGUGCAUGAGUUGAACUGAAAUGGAGAAAGAGAGGAAGGGUCCAGUAGUGGUGACUGGAGCCAGUGGCUACGUGGGUUCAUGGCUGGUGAUGAAGCUUCUUCAGAAGGGUUAUGAGGUUAGGGCAACAGUGAGAGAUCCAACAAAUCUCAAGAAAGUGAAGCCUUUGCUGGAUCUCCCGCGCUCCAAUGAACUGCUCAGCAUUUGGAAAGCAGAUCUAAAUGGCACCGAAGGAAGCUUCGACGAGGUGAUACGUGGCAGCAUUGGAGUGUUCCACGUCGCUACUCCCAUGAAUUUUCAAUCCAAAGACCCUGAGAAUGAAGUGAUACAACCGGCAAUCAACGGUUUGCUGGGCAUCUUGAGGUCUUGCAAAAAUGCCGGCAGCGUAAAGCGAGUGAUAUUCACGUCUUCUGCAGGAACAGUGAACGUGGAGGAACACCAAGCAGCAGCGUAUGACGAGACCUGCUGGAGUGACCUUGACUUUGUGAACCGAGUCAAGAUGACCGGUUGGGUACGUACGUAAUUAAAUG